AUGAUCUUGAACGGAAGUACAUAUAAGGGUCGUAUUAGACACUCUUUGGGAGGCGUCGGACGUAACAUAUUUGAUGGCCUCUCAAGACUGGGAAGCAAACCAUUGUUUUUGUCUGCCAUCGGCAACGACCCAAAUGGCAAAACUGUUCUCCAUAAUAACCCACUAAAAAAUCCUAAAGGAAUUCACGUAUCGGAAACAAUAGCCACCUCUUCGUGCAGUGUUAUCGUUGACGGGAAGGGAGAGUGCGGUCUCAUUGUCGGAGACAUGAGAGCUCAUCAACUAAUUACUAAACAGCAUAUAUCACAAUUCAAUGAUGACAUCUGUAGUGCACCACUAGUUAUAAUUGACGCCAAUAUCCCAUUGGAUUCUAUGAUCUAUACUUUGCAGUUGUGCUCAAACUAUGGAAUUCCAGGUGAGAGU